CUAGUUUGGAAGUUAUAAAUCUUAAAUACGAAAAAAUAAAUUACAAUGUUACGACAGCAUAAGUAUUUGAAAAGAAAUAUGGCUAAUUAAAUAUAUUUUAUUACUAAAGUAAGUCAUUACACGUGCCAGAAUUAAAUUAUUCGAUUACCUUAUUUCCUUCCUUAAGUAACGAGACACCAUCUCUCAAAAUACUGAUUUGGUAUUAAUAAUCGAUAGUAACGACUCAUUUUCUGCUGAUAAAUUUUUUUAUUAAAGGCGAAAUGUGCUCUAUAACCUUCUUACCAUCGAACCAUUGUGAUUGUUUGAAGUAGGUAGAGAUAAGAUUGUAGGAAAACUUCAUAUAAUUACUUAAUAUUACAAUAUGGUUAUUGAAGCUCAGGAAGUUAACAAAAAUGAAAAUCAAGAAAGCGCUAAUAUUUCAAAAAAACAGCAAAAGAAGUUAGCAAAGGAUGCAUUGAAAGCUGCCAGGAAAGAUGAAAAAAAACAAACAACUGAGAAUGCUGAACCUGAAGAAGACAUAUCUGCAGGCUGUUAUGGAAGGUUUAAUCUUAUUCAGAGUGAAGAUGAUGCAACAAGUGAACGCAGAAAACGCGUUUUUACUCAUGUUAAGUGUUUACAGAAAGGAAUUGUUGGUUCCACUGUAUGGGUUCGAGCUAGAUUACACACAUCUCGAGCUAAAGGUAAGCAGUGUUUUGUAGUUUUACGACAACAAGAAUUUACAGUUCAAGGGAUUUUAGCUGUAUCUGAGAAAACAAGCAAGGCAAUGGUGAAAUUUGCAUCAAAUAUCUCGAAGGAGUCUCUAUUGGAUAUCUGUGCAAUUGUAUCCUUAACACCUCAGCGGAUCGAUAGUUGUUCACAAAAAGAUGUGGAGUUGAAUAUAAUUCAAAUUUGGGAAGUGAGUCGUGCUAAACCACAGUUGCCAUUACUUGUCGAAGACGCUUCUCGACCAGUUACUGAUGAAGAUGAAGGUUUGAAUAUCCGUGUGAACCAAGAUACCAGAUUAGACAACAGAGUGUUAGAUCUGAGGACCCCAGCAAAUCAAGCAAUAUUUAGAUUAGAAUCUUACGUUUGCCACCUCUUCAGAGAAGCCCUUUCUAACCAAGGCUUUAUUGAAAUACACACCCCUAAGAUAAUAAAUGCAGCUAGUGAAGGCGGUGCUAAUGUCUUUACCGUUUCCUAUUUUAAAGGGAAUGCUUAUUUAGCUCAGAGUCCUCAACUGUAUAAACAAAUGGCUAUUGCUGGUGAUUUUGAAAAAGUUUUUACUGUUGGUGCAGUUUUUCGUGCUGAAGACAGUAACACACAUCGUCACUUGACUGAAUUUGUUGGUCUUGAUCUGGAGAUGGCUUUUAAGUAUCAUUAUCAUGAAGUCAUGCAGACAAUUGGAAAUGUUUUUCUUGAAAUUUUCAAAGCCCUCAGGAAAAGGACAAGUGAACUUGAAGCUGUCAAGCAGCAAUACGGAUUUGAGCCAUUCAAGUUCCUUGACCCCCCUCUCUGUCUAGAUUACAGCGUCGGGAUCUCUAUGUUAAGAGAGGCUGGGGAAGAAGUUGGUGAUGAAGAUGAUUUGUCAACUCCACAAGAAAAACUUUUGGGUCGUCUUGUUAGAGCUAAGUAUGACACUGAUUUUUAUAUCCUUGAUAAAUUUCCACUGGCUAUUCGCCCAUUCUACACAAUGCCUGACCCUCAUAAUCCUAAAUAUUCUAAUUCAUACGAUAUGUUUAUGAGAGGAGAAGAAAUAUUAUCUGGGGCUCAGAGGAUACAUGACCCCGAGUUGCUUACUGAGCGUGCCAAACAUCAUGGAAUUGAUGUAGAAAAAAUCAAAUCGUAUAUCGAAUCUUUUCUGUACGGAUGCCCUCCUCAUGCAGGAGGUGGUAUUGGCUUAGAGAGGGUAGUGAUGCUUUAUCUAGGUUUGGAUAAUAUUAGAAAAACAUCAAUGUUCCCCAGAGAUCCUAAGAGAUUGACACCAUAAAAGGUGUAUUUUUAAUAAAAGUAAUAUUUUAUGCAA